CCCACUGUAAUGCGGUUCGGCCAUUCCAUGUGAAUAGACGGGGGGAGUGGGUUAAAAACACACAAGCUUCUUCUAGAGGCGCGCAGAAGCGGGGAGGCAAGUGAAAGAACAGCCCAGAAUCUCUCAUCCGGCUCCCCCGUAGCAGUGCGAGGUGUUGUGGCCUUGUCCGAGCCGUCAGGCAGCCUGAACUCGUCAGCUCAGCACCGGGAAAGGCCGGGGCCCGUCGGCCUGUGCCCGGAAUCCGAUUCCCGAGGACCUUCCGGUUCAGAGCCCCCUCCUUCCGCCAUGGUAAAGAACUACGACUCUGUUGAAUUCCCUUAUUGCGAUGAGGUCUCCAAGUACGAGCGGCUCGCCAAGAUCGGCCAGGGCACAUUCGGGGAAGUGUUCAAGGCCAAACAUCGGCAGACGGGGAAGAAAGUUGCACUCAAAAAAGUUCUGAUGGAAAAUGAGAAGGAAGGGUUUUAUCCUCCUCAGUUCCCUAUCACAGCUCUGCGAGAGAUCAAAAUCCUGCAGCUGUUGAAACAUGAGAAUGUGGUUCACCUUAUAGAGAUUUGUCGGAAUAAAAUUUCUCCCACAGCCAACCAAUACAAUAGAUGCAAAGGGACUAUUUUCCUGGUGUUCGACUUUUGCGAGCACGAUCUAGCAGGAUUGCUGAGCAACGCUCACGUCAAGUUUACCGUCGCCGAGAUCAAGAAGGUGAUGCAGAUGCUGCUCAAUGGCCUCUACUACAUUCACAGGAAUAAGAUCCUGCACAGAGACAUGAAGGCAGCAAACGUGCUGAUCACCAGAGACGGGGUGUUGAAACUUGCAGACUUUGGGCUUGCCAGAGCAUUCAGCCUUGCCAAGAACAGCCAGCCAAACAAGUACACCAAUCGGGUUGUUACACUCUGGUAUCGACCCCCUGAGCUGCUUCUGGGGGAGCGUGAUUAUGGCCCUCCCAUCGAUUUGUGGGGAGCGGGGUGCAUCAUGGCAGAGAUGUGGACCAGAAGCCCCAUUAUGCAGGGGAAUACAGAGCAGCAUCAGCUGACACUCAUCAGCCAAUUGUGCGGCUCCAUCACACCAGAGGUGUGGCCAAAUGUGGACAAAUACGAGUUGUACCAGAAACUUGAGCUGCCCAAAGGCCAGAAGAGGAAGGUGAAGGAAAGGCUGAAGGCUUAUGUGAAAGAUGUCUGUGCACUGGAUCUUAUAGACAAGCUGUUGAUUUUGGACCCAGCGCAGAGAACAGACAGCGACGAAGCUCUGAACCACGAUUUCUUCUGGUCCGAUCCAAUGCCUUCUGACCUAAAGAACAUGCUCUCUACUCACAAUCAGUCCAUGUUUGAAUACUUGGCACCUCCUAGGAGAAGAGGCGGACACAUGCCCCAACAGCCAGCCAAUCAGGCACGGAAUCCUGCUGCCACCAACCAAUCAGAAUUUGACAGAGUCUUCUAAGACAUAAAUUCUUAUUUAUGGGAGAGUGGAAACUUUUUUUUUCUUUUUUUUUUAACUAUAUAUAUAUUUUUCAAUUCCUUUUUUUAAGAAUCUGUAUAACGGUAGUAUGGGGAGCAAGGACUACAGUUGACAUGUACAGCUGCAUACGUUUUAGGGUAUCAAUAUUCAGAAGAAUGGCAUUAAUGACAUAGGAUAAUUCUUUUCUAUCCAAGUGAAACAGAACUUUAACUGUGAGAUACCAGAUCUAGAAAAAAAAAAGAUUGCUCUUGUUCAGACAGGCUGAUACACCCUGCCAUGUAGCUACUACUGCUACUUACAGAAGGGCUGGUCAGUAGACGCGUUGUGAACUGAAGAAUCUUCAAAAAAAUGCUUUCUGUGUUGCUGUACCUAUGUAUUUUGAUAGGGAAUGUAAAUAAAAUUUAUGUUCUCCUA